UUUAAAAAUUCUCCCUCAAAUCCUAGACUUCCAGCCCGCGCCAGGUUUCACCACACACACCUUCCUUUCUUCUUUCCUUCCUUUUCCUUCUCCCAGAGAGAAUCCAUCUGAAUCCCGCUCUCUGGAAUGCGCGCUCCAGCUCCAGCAUUCCUGCCUCCUCCUCGACAUCACAUCCGGGUCACUCGGCAGUCAGCGAGCGUGCAGUCGCGCGUGCUCCUCCAUCCAUCCGUCCAUCCAGUGGCGUUUGUGCUGCUGCAGCUCCGCGCAACAUGGACCCUCAGAGCGGCGGCCAGACGCGGACGAUCUGACGCGCCUCCGGGACCUGCGAUCUACGCCACGCGCCGGGGCAGGGAUGAGGUGCAGUCCGGCAGACGCACACUGCUAGGCGAGUCGACGAGCGUCAGCGAUGUCAAAGAGUCUGAAGAAGAAGAACCACUGGACGAACAAAGUCCACGAAGCGCUGCUCGGCAGGAACAAGGAGGGCGAGCUGGGGUUCGACUUGAAAGGGGGCGCCGAGAACGGCAAUUUCCCGUAUUUCGGGGAGGUGAAGCAGGGGAAGGUGGCCAUCCAGAGCGGCAAGCUGUCCCAGGACGAGCUGCUGCUGGAGGUCAACGAUACGCCGGUGGCAGGGCUCACCAUCAGGGAUGUGCUGGCCGUCAUCAAGCACUGCAAAGACCCGUUCCGACUAAAGUGCGUGAAGCAAGGAGGUGUUGUGGAUAAAGAUCUCCGCCAUUAUCUCAAUUUACGGUUCCAGAAAGGUUCAGUGGACCACGAACUUCAGCAAAUCAUACGUGACAACCUCUACCUCCGGACUGUGCCGUGUAAGUAAACUUGAAUCUAUAUUUAAACAGUCCUCAUAAAUCAAUGCAUAUACUUUGGGGCUUAUUUGCAUUCAUAUUUUUUGUUUCGAUAAAUGUGGUGUCCUAAAUGCUUAUAAGGACCAUAUUUCCAGAUUGUAAAUGCUAUCUUUGACAUCUGACUGCAUUUAUCAGUGCAUGGCGGAUUAUUUUGUUUAUCUCUUCUGUUUAUGUGUUGUGCUGUAGCCCUGCUCACUGAAAAAUCCAAUUGCUCCAAAAUGCAGGUUCUAAUAGCUAUACAUUGAAAAUCAACUAUGCUCAGAGCAAUUUUAGUUAUAUUUAGUGCAGUAUUGUGCAUAGUUACACAGUGUUACACAGCUUUUGUUUGUUAUUUUGAAAAGGGAAAGAGUUCUCUAAACCAGUAGAUGUGUGAGGGAAGGUAUAGCUACACCAAAUGAGCCAACCUGAAAUAUUGUGGAAGUUGUUAUUGUUUUGUGUGAGGGAUUAUGGGAGAAACAUGGAGUCAAACCCUCCCUGAUAUGUCUGGGUACCAUCUCAAUGUAUGAUGCAACCAGAUAGAAAGAACCAAUGUGACUUGUUUUGGAUUCAAGCCCUUUGAAUGUGUUUUUACCUAGUCAGACUUAAAGGAAAAGAGUGGUAAUUUUUAUGGAAAGCAUUAGCCUCCAGUUCAUGCUAAAUGAUAGGGGUGUUAGCAAUGUUUUGAGAUCAUCCAGGUUUGUAACAAAUUUGACUCGUACCUUGAUUUGUAAAAACAAACUGAAAAGUGUUGACAGUAAUGCGCCAAGACGUCUGUGGAGUAAACAUACAAUGCUUAUAAAGGGUGUUUGAGCUUUAUUUAACCUGGCUUAUUUCUCAUUGAAGUUUCUCAUUAGUUCAUUUGUAGUGGAUUAGCGCUGUCAGCUUUAAAUGCUUUAUAGUUGAUGAAGGAAUUGUGACAGGCAAAGUAGUGGGUAGUUUUUCUCAGCUUGCUCGCUAGUGGUUACCAAUGCUACCCUCUUUCUUUCUACCUCAUAUGCCAAAUUUGUAUUGUUGAUGAUUAAACUUAAGGUUCAAAUACAUGUGUAGAUUGAGAAAGACAUUAUGGAAAACAUUGUAGCUGGAAAUGUUGCGGUUGCUGUAUUGAUUAAGCUUUUUAAAAAUGAUGAGUUGAUAUGUUUACAUAUCAUACAAUGGGCAUAAAUACUGUAUGUGUUCAUGUAUGCAUGCUGUCAAAAACGCUGGAUCCUUGAAGAAAUUAGAAUGGGUAGUAGAGUAUAGCUAGCUAGUGGUUGCUGGUAUAACCUUUUAUAUGAUGAAAGAAGGAUAACAGCUAUGUGUUGUAUUAAAAGUGUGUGUGUGUGUGUGUGUGUGUGUGUGUGUGUGUG